CUCUGUACUAUAAGUACUGUAGGUGACAAAAAAAAAAAACAAAAAAAAAACAUUGUUUUUACUUUGAAUGAAGUCCAUAAGCCUGAAAUAAUUUUAGACACAAAAUAAAUUACAAUGUGCCAAGCCCUGUCUGGUCCUACUCUGAUCAAUGUUUAAUUAAACAAAUGCAGAUGAUCUGGGAAGAUAAUUUAGAGAAUGAUAUUAUAUCUACACAUGUAAGUGUAUAAUUAUUGCCUCAAGAAACAGUUUUUCUGGUUCUUGAGGCAGUGCAUUUGAACUUUAAUUUGCCUCUUGGCUAUUAAACUGAGUGUUGUUCCUUAAACAAAGUUUUGAGUUAUUCCUAAAUAACUUCACUAUGUAAACUUGUUUUGGAGUCUUUUCCCCUUUACCUCACUUCUAUAGAACAAGCAUUUGAUAUUCUAUUUGGAUUGGAUUUGCAAUAGAAUGGAGGUAAUUAGCCCCCAGCAGAAAGUGGUGUCUUUGACAGACAGGUGAAAGACAGAGAAACACGUUCUUACCACCGUGGGAGGACUGGUUCAGCAGAUAUUGUAAAGAUGUUGAGGUUACUGCGGACGUCGGAGAGUCGACAGGUGCUUCACCUCAGCUCGUUGAACUUGUGCUGCAGCUCGCGCCGGAGGCGGGCGCGUGCCGGGCGUUGUAAAGCAGCGCAUUUCAGGUCUGUACGCAUAGCAAGCUGACAGGUUCUCAACACAAUGGCACAAUGAGGGAUGCGACUGUUCGUCGGUUUCACCUGAAGCCUUCAGGUGAUGUCACAGAGCGAGACCCGAGUAACAGGAUCGGGGACAUUUCUCCCCUACUUAAACCUACCUGACACAUGGAGCGCGCGGCUGCAGUGGACGCAUUUUUGAGAGGGAUACCCUCAUUCCCGUCAUUUGAUAAAAUGGCAGGCGUGUUUUCGUACGAGAGCUCUGAUGUGGACUGGUGCGAAGACAACUAUAAACACUCAGAGAAUGUUGUGGAAUAUUUCAACACGAUGAGCAGUUUCAUCUUUUUUGUCAUUUCCCCUAUAAUGCUGUACCUGCUGCACCCAUAUGCCAAGGAGAGGAACCUGGCCAUACAUCUAGUUUGGCUCAUGAUGAUCUUUGUUGGUAUCUUCUCCAUGUAUUUUCACAUGACGCUGAGUUUCAUGGGCCAGAUGCUAGAUGAGUUGUCAAUCCUAUGGGUUUUGGCUAUUGGUUACUCCCUGUGGUUUCCACGCAAACACUUCCCCUCCUUUAUUAAAGACAGGAGAUCCUUCUCUCGUAUGGUCCUGGUCAUCACCGUCGUAACCACUCUGUCCUCUUUUGUCAAACCAACAGCCAACGCCUACGCUCUCAACUGCUUUGCUAUCCAUAUCUUCUAUUCUCUGUUUGUGGAGCUGAGGAGUUGCGCAGAUCAGAGAGUGUUGCAAGUGGCCCGGGUGUGUAUUGGCCUGUGGGUGCUGGCUAUCUCUUGCUGGAUCAGUGAUCGCUUUGGCUGCAGCUUCUGGCAGAAACUGGAUUUCUGUUAUCUGCAUGGUAUCUGGCACAUUCUGAUUGUGUUGGCCACUGCUUAUGGCAGCACUUUGACCGCUUACCUGGAUGCCAGUCUGGAGAUCCCUUACUCUCUCCCCAACCUACAGUAUUGGCCACGGGACAACUGGACCAUCGGGCUACCUUACAUCGUCCUCAAAGGCACCACAAAGACCCGGAAAAGAUGUUAACAGGCGAGACAAAAUGGAGUAAAGCACUGUCAUAUUUAUAAAGCUGCUUGGUGAACAAUACGAUACAUUUAAAUGGACAGAAAGGAGAAGAUCUUAGAUCAGUAUCCUGAGACACUUUAUCCUAUGUGAACUUUGAAGAGAAACUGGAAGUACUUGUUGUAGGGCUGAAUGAUUUGGACCAAAAAUCUGAUUGUGAUUAUUUUGGAAAAUAUUGCUAUUGCGAGUUAAACUGCGCAAUGAUUAUUAACAUAAAAAAAUAAAUAAAUAGAUAAAUAAAUAAAUAAAAAAAAAACAUAGUAAGUGUGUCCUUUUGACAAAAAUUAAGUCAUGGGCAAACUACUGCCAAAAGAAAUACUAUUCAAGAAAGAGUGUUGUUCACAAUUGAGUCCUCUUAAAAAGAAAAACACUACAUAAAUAAAAAAAAUAGUGAAACAUAGAGGUGGGAAAAACAGAUUCACAUCAUCUUCACAUUGAAUCUGUUCACUGUGUUCCUGUUUUUGUCGACUUUGUGAUAGGAUCUCAGCCCACUUUUCAUCAUUAUUUUUUGGAACCCAAUAAUUUAAGAAAUUAUAAUGGAAAUAUAUUUUUGUAUACUGUUAACAACAACAACUCUUAUUAUUAUUAUAAAACAGUACCAUAUUUAUGUAAUAUUUUCUGAACCUGCGUGUGGCAUAGCUAUGCAGGCCUUUCUUUUGGCAGAUGCUUUUAUUUUGCCGGAAGACAUGAAGGAAGAGAAAGGUCUCAUCCGCUCUUCUGUCCACAAAAACCCGGUGUUAUGAUUUUACUUUAGAUUUGUAUAGUAACAUUUAGCGGACAAGUAUAUUUGGAAUUACACAAAUGUGCUAUUAGUGAAUCUAGAGCACUGUAAAUUUAACGCACUCAGCUCAUUAACCUCACGCAUGCAGCACGUGCCGACUAUUUAUUUAUUAAUUAAAUUGCAGCCUUUGCCGUUUGAUAUUCACACUACGACUUUGAUUUUAUUUCGAUAAGUCAUUCAGCCCUAACUUGUUGAAUGAGAGAAAUGUUGCUUCUGAUGGUGAUACUGUUGCCAUUGCUGGCACUGUGUCCACAUUCCUCAUAGAACCUGAAACUGGUGUGUGUGUGCGUGCGUGCGUGCGUGCGUUUGUGCAUGUGUGUGUGUGUGUGUGUGUGUGUGUGUGUGUGUAAGAGUUGCAAGUGACUGUAUACUGUUUGUAUCCUCAUCUUUAAAAACAUGUAGUUGUUAUGUGAAAAUUAAUAUUUGCACUGUUGUGACAGGAUAGAAUGAAUGUAUAAAAUUAUGUAUUUUACAUUAUUUCUUCUAUAUGAAUCAGGGGCUUCAACUUUUAAGACAAAGUGUGAUAAGCAACUACUUGAUUAUGGGUGAAACUUGAAAUAACUUUAAUGUUAAUUGUAAUGAGAAACCUCGGUGUAGAGGUUCUAAUGUAAAGUCUGAUAGAGAGAGAAAAGUCAUGGUGUCUGUUAAACAUGAGAUGUCACUUCACAACAUGAAAUUAUUUUCUCAGAAAAUGGUGCAAAAUUUUCUUUACAAAUGAAAUAACUGGGAUUAUUAAAAAUGUUGGUGUGGGGGUUUAAAAUCUAAUGCUUUAAAAAAAAUAUAUAUGUAUAUGUUGUUCUAACCUCCACCUUAGUGUAUGACAUUGUGUAUUUUGAUUGUGUACCAUUACAUGGCACCACUGGAGAACAAGACUGAUGUGUUAUGAAAUUAAUUGUGAAAUAAGGUUAUUUAUAUAUACAUUAUGAUUGUUGGGAUCCAUUUUUUAUUCAGAUCGUUUAUUUAAAGGUUUGAAAUGUUGCAAUCUUAAAAAUCACCGUUAAUUUACUUUUGACACCACCUUAUAUAGUACAUACAAUGCAAAACUACCAACUGACAAAACUUGUGCUGCUGGUUGCAUACUUUAUGAAACUAGGGGUCAAAUUGAGGUUUAUGCAAUUAAAAAGGAUAAUUCAUUUACUUACCCUCAUGCCAUCCCAGAUGUGUAUGAUUUUCUUUCUUCUGCUGAACACAAAUGAAGAUUUUUAGAAGAAUAUCUCAGCUCUGUAGCUUCACACAAUGCAAGUGAAUGGUGGCCAAAAUUAGAAGAUCCAAAAAGCAUAUAAAGGCAGCAUAAAAGUAAUCCAUACGACUUCAAUAUGACAUUAUUGGUGUGGGGGAGAAACAGAUCAAUAUUUAAGUCCAUUUUUCCUAAAAAUUCUUCUCCCUGUCCAGUAGGUGGUGAUAUACACAAAGAAUGCAAAUUGCCAAAAACAAAAGAAGAAAGUGAAAGUGCAGAUUUAAUAUUAUAAUAUUUCUCACCCACACCUAUCAUAUCACUUCUGAACACAUGAAUGAAAUCACUGGAUGGAUUACUUUUAUGCUGCCUUUAUAUACUUUUUGGACCUUCAAAGUUCUGGCCACCAUUUGCUUGCAUUGUAUGGACAUAAAGAGCUAAGAAAAUCAUACACAUCUGGGAUGGCAUGAGGGUGAGUAAAUGAUGAGAGAAUUUUCAUUUUUGGGUGAACUAUCCCUUUAAAGAAUUCAUCCCUGUACUUUCUGAUAUAGAGCCACCUAAUGCGCACAUGGCACAGUUUUUGGGUGCUGCAGUAUAGAUGGUUGAUGGUACAUAAUCUCCAUCCUGAUUCCUGCCCUAUCUUCAGAAAUCUGGACAGUUAUGAUUUGAAGGAAGAAAUAAAAAAAUUACACCUUUUACAAGUGAGUUGGCUGGCAUCAAAUGUCUGCAUUUCUGUUCAGUUUAAUACCAUAGUUACUGCAGGUAUUGUUACUACAAUACAACGUUGCCAAACUGUUAUAAAGAUUUCAAGAUUUUAUUGGAAUAAUAUUGUAGUCUUUAUGCUGUUUUGGCGGAAAAUACGGUUACAAUGG